CCAGCAGAAGUGUGUAUGCUGCUGCAGCUGCUCUUAUAUUUUUCUGAAUAAGAAUUAAGAAGUGCAGAGAGGGAAAAAGCUCUACCAUGGCAAACAACGACUUGCACAAGAAGAAGAAGAAGAAUAAGAAGUCUCCUUUAAAAAACAAGAAGCUACUCGAAAAGGGUAGAAAGUUGAAUACAGAUGUAGAAAUUGUGAAGAACCAAACUACAGAGAAAACAAAAAGAAAAAGAGAGAGACAAAAGAAUGUUGACAUUGGCAAAGUUGUUCAGAUAAGCACUGAAGAUGAUAACUCAACAAAAACAGCCAAAAAAGGAAAAGGACCAAAAUCACCCAAGAAGAAAAAAUUCAAGAGCUUGGAGAAUAGCAGCUCUGUUUUCAAGAUUGAUCCUGUUAAUACUGAGACCAGUGAUGGUUUUGAGAAACAAAAUGGAGACUCAAAGAAAGCUAGGAAAAAAAGAAGGAAGGAACAGAGUUCAACAAAGAAGAAUGUGGGGCUGGACAGAGGAGGACAAGCUGAUAUGAAUGAGGUUUCUCAUGUCUCUUUAGCAGAUGAGGACUGCUUGCAAGGGAUGAAAGGCAAGUCAAAGGAAGGUAAGAAAAAGAAAAAGAGGGAACAUGAUUCAUCAAAAGAGGCUGACAAGUCAAAGAAAGAGGAAGGAGGAGCUUAUAAGAGUGAUGUCUAUCUUAUCUCUUCAGGCGAUGAAGAUGACUCAAAAGGAAUGAAAAAGUGGAUUAAGGACUACUAUCAAAGUAGACAAGGGCUAGAUAUACUGCAACAAAAGAUAGAUGAAUUUUUAACUGCUCAUGAGGAACAAUUGGAACAGGAAAGAAAAGAAAGAGAAGCCCAAGCUGCAGAAGGGGGAUGGACUGUUGUCACACAUCAUAAAGGAAGGAAAAAGACUACAGAUGUUGAAAGUGGAGUUACUGUAGGCUCUGUUGCCCAGGCAGCUGUGGAGGACAAGAUGGCCAAAAAGAAGGACAAAAGUGUUGGGCUCAAUUUCUACCGGUUCCAAAGAAAGGAAGCCCAGAGGAAUGAGAUUAUGAUGUUGCAAAGCAAAUUUGAGGAGGACAAAAAGCGUAUACAGCAGCUCCGAGCAGCUAGGAAGUUUCGUCCAUACUGAAAGUUGCGUAUGCUUUCUACAAAAAGUCACUAGAUGCUGUAGAAUUGUGCAUUUUAUGCUGAAGGGUUAGAACAUUAGAAGCAUAGGGCUCCUUCACAUUACCCUUUCAGCCUUUACAAUUUCAUUGUUGCAUCAUACAACCAUAGUCAACAUUUUUUCUUAUUUAUAUUUGAGAUCAGGCGGUUCUCACUUGCUCAGUAGGAUGCAAGCGUUCAUUCUAUGUCUGGAUUUUUGGCACCUUAAUCAAAAAUUUUCAGUGGAUUUAUUUAAUUAUAAUAUUCCUACCAA